ACGCGGAAGGGUAAUUGCGAACAUCAUUAGGCUUUCUUGUUCCUGGGUUCGGUCGCUGUCUCUGUCUGUGUUGUGUUGGUGUUCGUGGAAGAAGAGAAGGAAGAAUAUGAGAUGAUAUGAUAACAGCAGAUAGGUCUGGCCUGGUUAAGAAGAAUAGUAGCGUUGCCACUUCGGCAGAGAAGAAGGAAAACCAGAAAGAGAAAGAGAAAGAAAAUCAUCCACAUAACACCAAAACCCAACAAACUCAUCAUGGAUAUCUGGCGCAACAUGAUUUUUCCAGUCAGGCGUGUCUGGCUUGCUCUCUCUGCUCGUCUCAAGACUCGCAAAAACGGAGAAGGACUGCUGAAGCUUCAGGAUGAUGUACAGACUUGUGGAUAUGAAGAUGUACAAGUGAUGUGGGAAAUGCUACAAAGAACCGAAAGCGAUGUUACAGAAAACCACCAUAAGCGUAAGCAAUUGCCGUUCUGGAGGAUCUUUGUAUGGUCCAACCACACUGAAGCUUCAUCAGAAUCUGCAAAUCACACUUAAAAACCAGACACGGGUUUUACGUUUACAAAUAAAACCUCCACUGAUGUAUUGCAGUCUGCAACUGGCAAGCCACCGUUCUUUUAUCUCCCCUUUGCCAGCAUGGCGGAGGCAUGUUUCUUGGCCGCUGAAACCAAGUACACGUCCCUGUGACAACAAAAUCGUUUGAGGUUUCUCUUUUACAACUGAAACUGUACUCCGUAUGACAGUAGUAUGUAAAUAUGCCAAUAGUUUGUCAGAAGUCAUACCCGGGUUUCUCUAACGGCAAAGCAAGCAAUUUUCACUUGUCAAUGACUAUAAGAUUAACUGUGUUCAUUGUUAGUAACAAGCAGCAGAGUGUUUAACUUUAAUGCGAUCAUAUAAGAUAAUAAUCUCAACUUUUGUCUGUAUGCCUAC